AUGUAUCAUGGAGCCAACGAUCAACGCGCCUCAACAGGACCAAACGAGAAAACCCAAUCUUCUCGGCGGUUAAAUUCCGGCGCCGCCAACAUCUCUCGCGAUACGACCCCGAAUAGUCUGAAAAGAACAUUCGAUCGAAGCAUGAGCACUUCGAACAACCUGGGCUCGUUGCAUCAGCAAACAUCGUUUGAUGAAAACAGUCCUCCUGCUCUUGUGGAUCUAACCACCAAUUCUCCCGAGCAAGCCUCCUCCGAUAUUAAAUACCCUUUCCUCGACGGUCCAGGCUCCAUUCCAUAUCCUUCCCUGCCGCCGCUGCCACGGGGAUCCCCACCGUCGUCGGCUCCUGCGCCAUGGUCUUCAUCACCCGAAUGGCAUCAUGAAAAGCCGAACACAAGAAUACCACCACCAGAAAUACCAUCUCCGGGACCUGUCCGACCAAACAAGAAACGGGUCUUUCCGGGUUCGUUCUCGUCUUCAACGGCACAGAACACGAGUUUGGGCGUCAACGAUUCAGGACGCUCAGGUAUAUUUGACAAAUUUGCUGCCCCCAAGCAGUAUGAAUCCGUCAAGAGUCGAGAUCGGGCGUCUUCGGUGAUGUCGGAAAUGCUACAAAAGUCAUCGUCGAUACGUCAACGACCGAAUACCCCCAUGUCACGCUCGGCGUCUAAUCGGUCCAUUCCACCGCCUGCGACACCGGUUGGAGCUCAGGAUUCCACCACGGAGAGAGUGCCGGAGCCUUUUCUCAGCGAUGAACAAAAAGCCGUGAUGAAAGCGGUCAUGGAAGAAGGAAAAAGUGUCUUCUUCACGGGCUCGGCCGGAACAGGAAAAUCGGUCCUGAUGAGGUCUAUCAUCGCUCAACUGCGACAUCGAUACCGACACGAGCUUGAUCGCAUCGCCAUUACGGCAUCGACCGGUUUAGCAUCGUGCAUCUUGGAGGGCCAAACACUUCAUAGCUGGUCAGGUAUUGGACUUGGAAAAGAGCCUGCUCCCGAACUCGUCAAAAAGAUCAAGCGAAACCAGAAAUCUCGACAAAGAUGGCUUCGUACGAAAGUCCUGAUCAUUGAUGAGAUUUCGAUGGUGGAUGGCCAACUCUUUGAUAAACUUGAGCAAAUCGCCCGAACGAUUCGGAACAACGGUCGUCCCUUUGGUGGUAUUCAGCUGGUGGUCACUGGAGACUUCUUCCAACUGCCCCCCGUGCCGGAGAAGAAUGCGACGGCCAAAUUUGUUUUUGAUGCAAUGACCUGGGACACUUGUAUUCAACACACCAUCCUCUUAACCCACGUGUUUCGACAAAAGGAUGAACAGUUUGCCCGGAUGCUCAACGAAAUGCGAUUGGGAAAGAUGAGUGCGGCGACCAUCCGAGAGUUCAAAGCUCUAUCCAGACCUCUCGAUUUCCGUGAUGAAAUUGAGGCCACUGAAUUAUAUCCUCGUCGCGAGGAAGUUGAAAAUGCGAACCAGAAUCGAAUGCGCAAAUUGUCGGGCCAAAUCAUGACCUUUAAUGCUAUUGAUUCGGGGAAUGCAGAUCCCCAUACACGAAAGAAUCUUCUCAACAAUUUUAUCGCCCCUGAAAUUCUCGAGCUCAAGAAAGGCGCCCAGGUGAUGUUGAUCAAAAAUAUAGACGGCCAACUAGUCAAUGGCUCUUUGGGAAUUGUUCAAUCUUUCAUGGAUGAAGGCACGUUCUUUGCCUAUAAAGAAGAUGAGCCUGCAUUCCUUCUGGCCCUAGGACCCGAUAAUGGCGAGAAUGAAGAAGACAAAGCGGCUGUUCGUCAAAAGAUCCAAGCUGCCCGUUUGAAAAAUUCAGGCACCACGGCAGCAUCUACGAGACUCUGGCCCAUGGUUCGAUUUAAUCUUCCAGAUGGCACAUCUCGUAGUAUGCUUUGCUCACCAGAUGAAUGGAAAACCGAAUCUCAACAGGGCGAAGUGCUGGCCAAACGAGUCCAAGUCCCACUCAUCCUAGCAUGGGCACUGUCGAUUCACAAAGCUCAGGGUCAGACUCUGAGCCGAGUGAAGGUGGAUCUGGGGAAGGUUUUCGAAAAGGGGCAAGCGUAUGUGGCAUUGAGUCGGGCACGAACCAAAGAAGGACUGCAAGUGCUUCGAUUUGACGAACGAAAAGUCAUGGUUCACCAGAAAGUCCUCCACUUUUACUCCAAAUUGUCAGGCCAUGCGACACUGGAACAGCAGCCGGCCGCCUCCAAAUUGAAAGCUGAAGACGAAGAGGAAGAAGAGUUCAGUCACGACAUCUCCUACGAAGAGAUACUAGAAGCAGAGUCGCAGCUCAUGAAGGCGAGUAGUACCGCAUAG